CUUACAAUUUGUUACAAAUUUUGGUAAUUAUUUUGCUAAGAAUUUUUUUAAAAAAAAGAUAAUUAUUAUAAACAUCACCUUUCAUCCUAUGUCAAAUAUACAAUGAAUAGUUCGAAAAAGCUGAGCUUGCAAGAGGCUAAGCAAUUACAGGAUGAUGAAAUUGAAGCUUUAAAAGCGAUUUAUAUGGAUGAUUUUGAACCUGUUAUAAAUCAAAAUGCUUGGAAGCAAGUUGUCCCAACAGGUCAUGAAUUUAGACUUCAUUUGUGGCCACAUGAAGAAGAAUUAAAAAAGCAUGUAAAGGUUGAUUUACAUGUGAAAUUUCCAAAAACAUAUCCUCGUGUAUCACCAGAAAUUAAAAUUGAAAAUGUUCGAGGGCUUUCAUCAGAACAAUUAAAACAGCUUCAGGUUGAAGUUACUAGAAAAGUAAAAGCAAAUGUCGGUCAGGAAGUAGUUUUUACUAUUGCAGGAUUUGUGCAAGAGUUUAUUACAGCAAAUAAUAAUGGAAUUCCGAAUGUGGUUAUACAACCGUCUUUUCAUGAGCAAAUGCUGAGCAGAAAUGAACAGAUGUCAAAGAUUCAACAAGAAAAAGAAAUAGAAAAAAUUAAUAAAGCUAAACAAAUAAAGGAGCAAGAAGACUUGAAUUUAUUACAAAAAAUUGAACAAGAAAAACAGAGGCAAAAAGAGAAAAUGGAAGUCGAAAGACAAAAGAGAAAACUAUUAACUCGAGAAUUGAAGUGCAAUGAUCAUAAUUCAAUGCAAUUUACAACUAUUGAUUUUGAUUCGCUGAUAAUGUUGGAUCCUGACGAUUCACAAUGUGUACCAUUUAAAUCCGUAAUGCUUGGCCCAUCUAUUGGCAAGGGUCCAAUUGGUACGACAUAUAUAGUUCAAGCUACAAAUUUUCAAAUUAAAGAAUCAUCAACUCCUUUGAGGCAUAUAUUAGCUCUUAAAGAUAUUGAAAUAACCAAUCCACAUUAUUUAGAACUUGAUGGCAAGAGAAAGCUUGAGGAAAUAGAACAAGAUCUUAUUAGACUGAAAAAUCUCUGUCACCCGAACACUGUUAUUAUUUAUGAAUCAGAACUCAAAAGAUGUUUGACCGGAUGGAAUUUAUAUAUUCUUAUGGAAUAUGCAAUGGGUGGAACUCUCGUUGAUUUAUUGAAAAAAUGCGGUGUUGUGAGAUUAUCAUUAGCAAAAGAAUAUAUGAGACAAUUAUUAACAGCUUUGGAGUAUAUACAUAACAAUAAUUUUGUGCAUAAAGAUAUCAAGGCUUCAAAUAUAUUGUUUAUAGAAGUCCCUGGAUCAGAAGAUUUUAUUGCCAAAUUAUCCGAUAUUAAUUAUCAUAGGAAGUUACUGGAUAUGCACAAGAAUUAUCCAUUUACUCAAAAAUCAUACCCGGAAGAAGUAAAUAAAUGGCUAGCUCCAGAACAAGAAUCGAAACCAAACUUUUAUUCUAGGAAAACUGACAUUUGGUACAUGGGAAUAAUUUUUGUACAAAUGUUAUUUGGAUUAAAGACAACGCAAUAUUAUGAUUCAUUGGAUUUCCUCCUUGGGUCUUCCGAACUCGAAAUACCAGAUCCUGUAAAAAGCAUUUUAAAAAGCAUGCUUCAAAUAGAUCAAAGAAAAAGACCGACUCCAUUAGAAUUACUGAACAAUUCUUUCUUUGACGAAGGAACAGCUUUUAGUAAAAAUUCUGUUACAAUGAUAGAUCCUUCUUUAAAAUAUAUGAUGUCACAAGGUCAGCGGAGUUUAUCAAUUCCAUUUCCACUUAAUAAUGGAAAUCAUAAUGAAAUAGUCGGUGGUUUUGGUGAUAAGUUAUCUCAUAAUGCUAUGUCGCCGCCUACAUCAACACGACAUGUUUCGUUUUCAAGAUAUAAGUCCGACUUUGAAGAACUUGCUUUCCUUGGUAGAGGCGGAUUUGGUGAAGUUGUCAAGGCUAGGAAUAAAAUAGAUGGAAGAUAUUAUGCAAUUAAGAAAGUGCUACUUAAUCCAAAUGAUAUUGAGAAAACGAAAAAAAUUUUGAGAGAGGUUACAACGUUAUCAAGGUUACAUCAUCAAUAUGUUGUAAGAUAUUAUACAACAUGGUUUGAAGAUUCUGAUAGCAGUUGGAAUGAUGCUGAGUCACUAUUCAGUGAAGACAUUACAUUAGCAGGUGAUGAAGAAUCGCCAUCUUCUAAAGUUAAUGAUGUAGACUAUCAAGAUUUAGAUGAUGAUUUUGAUUUAAUGUUGGAGGCUUCCUCAAAUCGUGGAUAUUCACAAAUACAUUUUGGCGAAUCAUUGUCAUCUGAUAGUGAUGAUGAAUUCGAAUUACAAAACGAAGAUUCUCCAAAGGAAGUAGGAGGGUAUGGUGCUAGAAAUAGAACCCCUGGACCAGGAAAAAAGAAUAAUUCAAAAGGGGAGAAAACAAGAAUUCUUUAUAUUCAAAUGGAAUAUUGCGAAAAUAAAACGCUUAGAGAUAUUAUUGAUACAGGAAUGGAAGAAGAAGAAGGAUGGAAGAUUUUUAGACAAAUCGUUGAAGGACUUGCUCAUAUUCAUAGACAGGGAACGAUUCAUCGUGAUUUGAAACCUAGUAAUAUUUUCUUGGAUGCUAAUGGUGAUGUCAAAAUUGGAGACUUUGGAUUAGCAACAACAAACAAUGCUAUAUUUGACCCUGGUUCGUUUAGAAGUAUUCAAAUGGGCAACGAGGAUUCUAUGACUGGAGGCAUCGGUACAACUUUAUAUGUCGCCCCAGAAGUUGCUAGUAACGUUACUAACGUGGUCAAUGGCACGCGUUAUAAUCAAAAAGUUGACAUAUAUUCCUUGGGGAUAAUAUUUUUCGAGAUAUGUUAUAAAUUUUCUACGGAAAUGGAACGUCGCGUGACAAUAAUGAAUUUACGAAAACCUGAGAUAGACUUUCCGACUGAAUUUAUAACCACCAAAAAUAAAAAUAAAAUGGGGUUGAUUAGAUUAUGUUUACAACAUAAUGCUAAAAAUCGUCCUACAGCUUUAGAAAUACUGAAGAGUGAAUUAUUGCCAGCAAAUAUUGAGGACGAACAUUUGCAAAAUUUUCUUAGAGAAUUAGCGAAACCAAAUACACCGUACUAUCGGAAGUUGAUGUCAAAUUUAUUUACUCAAUCGUCCGAUAUAUCGAAAGAUUAUACAUACGAUAUAAAUUCGGGAAAUAACUUUGAUCAACUAAGUACAUUAUUAACAUAUAUUAGAGUUCGAGAUCAUAUGAUAAAAACAUUUCGACAUCACGGUGCUAUAGAGUUGAAUACACCGUUGUUAAUGCCAAAAUACAAUCUUUACGAGGAAGAUAAGAAAGCUGUUUAUUUGAUUGAUGCUGAUGGUGGUCUUGUACAGUUACCUUAUGAUUUAACUGUUCCAUUUGCGAGAUACGUUUCUAGAAACAUAACAGACUUAAAGAGAUACACAUUUGAUCGUGUUUACAGAGAGAAUAUUGUUGGAUGCCAACCACGUAUAAUCGACGAAGUUGACUUUGAUAUAGUUCAUAGUUAUCCUGCACCCAUGGUUGCCGAAGCAGAGAUAAUAAAGAUCGUAGAUGAAAUUCUUCUGGAAUUCCCUCCAAUUAAAUCAAUAAAUUAUGUAUUUUACGUGAAUCAUGCAAAUAUAUUGCAAAUAAUAUUUGAUUGUUGUAGAAUUCCCGAGGAUUUAAGUAGAGGAGUUUGUGGUCUUCUUGGACAAUUAGAUAAGAAAUACACCUUUUCACAGAUUAAGGCUCAAUUAAUGAAUAAAUAUAAAUUAUCCAAAAUGAUGCUGGAUGAGUUGGCAUUAUUUGAUAUUAAAGGUGAUUUGGAAUUUGUAACAAGUUCUCUUGAGAAAUUAAUACCAUCACCUUCCAUGAAAUUGCAAAUGAGAGAAGUUUUUAAAGGUUUUAAACUGCUAUUGGAUUACACAAAAUCUCUUGGUGUUAAUCAUGAAAUAAUUUUUGUUCCAUUAUUAGUGUAUAAUUGGCAUUAUUAUAAAAAUGGAAUAAUAUUUCAAGUUGUAAAUGAUAAUAACCGUAAAGAUGUUUUAGCAGGAGGAGGAAGAUAUGAUUGGUUAAUACAACAAUUUCGAAAUCCUACCAUUGUAAGCGGGAAAGGAAGGGCCAAACAAAUUUACGGAAUUGGCGUUAGUAUUGCUAUGCAAAAAAUUGUUUUUGCGUUGGAAAAUUAUCAAAAAGCAAUAUUACAUUCAAAGAAAGUUGAGGAGGAAAAGAACCUAGGCUUUUGGGCCCCUAGAAGGUGUGAUGUGUAUGUAGCAAGUUUUGGAAAAGUAUUAUUACAAGAAAGAUUAGACCUUGUAAGAGAGUUAUGGGCUCAUAAUAUCAAAGCAGAUUUUAUGUAUGAAGAGCAAACAGAUCUUACACCUGAAAUUUUGACAACUAAAUGUAAAAAUCAAGGAAUUAAUUGGAUAGUUAUAAUGAAAUAUAAAAUUCAAGAUACAACAAGCGCUUCAAGAGAUGCUUUAAUGACUGUAAAGAUAAAAAAUUUAAUUAAAAAAACCGAAGAAGAAGUCCUUCGGAGUGAAAUAUGUAUGAAAUUGAGUUCCGAGACGAUGAGAGCAGAUUUAAUUGCACAGACCGAUUAUUUAUCAGCGCACGAUUAUACAAGUACAAGUCUUUCAACGUCACCGGAAUCUUCAAGUCGUCUAUCAAUAAGUGUUGUUGUUCCUCCGACACAAAAGAAUAACAAAAAAAUGAAACAUAAACAGAAAAAGUUGCUUAUGGAUAAAGCACACGAUAAUAUAUCGGGCAUCGUGGAACAGAUUAAAGAUAAUAGUGUACCUGUUUUAGCUGUAGAUUUAAGUAAAGAAUUACUGAGGAAAAUGUCUGAUUGUAAUGUAUUAGAGGAUGAGUCACUCAAGAAUAAAAGUAAGUCUUUUUUUGUUCUACAUUAAUUAUUUAUAAAUUUUUUGUAAUUUUUAUUUUAAUUUGUUCCCAAAAGUACUGGAUAUUGCGCCACUUCAU